AUGUCUGUAGAAAUAGCAAUCUCAGAUGAAUUUGAUGAGAUUUCUGCCCUGAUGAAGAAGAUCGAGUCUGAAAUUGUCCCGGUGUUAACAAAGUUACCUGAAUCUGAAGUCCCAACUUUUCUUUUCAAUACUUUUACUAGAAGAUCAAAAUCCCAACUUAUUCCGCAUCCCAAAACAAUCGAUUUCCGGUCUCCUUUCAAUUUUCCAAGAGCGGAGAAAUUGAUAUAUCGUAUGAACUUCUUUUUUCUCUCUAUUGUCCAAAAUAUAGGUUGUUCGGGUUCUUAUUUUUCUGGCACAAUUCCCUAUGGAGGAACUUUGUUCCUCAGUAUAAAUUAUCUCUCUUUCCUUCCAUCCUUUUCUAGUCUCUGUGAUAAAUUAUCUAUCCCAUGGAUCAGAGUUAUCAGCGUUGAGCGGAAAUUAACGACUGCCCUUGGAGGCUAUAUUCUACUCUCCACACGCAAAAAUAAGUAUCGGUUUACAAUAACUUCACGCGUUGAAGAAACCUUCUCGAUCAUUCAACGAUUAGCUGAUCUUGGUGCUCGAAAAUUGCUUAAUAAUGAUGCCUAUACUACAACUCAGCGAGACCCUUUUAGACUUUCUAAUUCGAAAUUCUCAACUCGCCAAUUACUUUCCCGACUUGAUUCCUUCUCCCGAAGCGAGGCCUAUCGAAAUGAAUUCCACCUACCUGCUUCAGAAGUCCUUGAUUUUGAAGCCACAGGCCACCUUUGCACUCCGUUUGACAAGGGAGAACGAGUUGGCCGUAUUUACGUCUCGGAGAAUUUUCUUGCUUUCAGGAAUCAAGGUGGACCUUCACUGAAAUUAGUCGUUCCUUUGUGUGACGCAGGGGCAGUCGAUGUUCAAAUUUCGAAAAUUAAUCCCAAGUACUCUGACUUUGUGCUUUCUACAAAAGACACCAUAUUUAUGUUCACUAAAGUGAAUGAUAAGGAAGGCUUGAUCGAUAGACUCAGGUACAUUGUUCGGGGUUCAUCCACCUCAGAAAAUAAUUCUGAUGAGGUAGUUGUAGCUGAGGACGCUUUGCUAAAUAUGGAAAUUUCAGGUUUGCUUUCCUCAGCCUCAAUUUCUUCUACAAAGACUAAUGUGUCAACUACAGAUGCUGAAAAAUCGGACGAGCAAGUGGAGGAAUCAAUUGUGUCUAAAGUUGACGAAGUGCCACCUUCACCGAAUGCAUCUGUUGAUCACUCAGCCCGUUUCUUCAACAAAUAUCCCUUAAAACACUUCACUGACGUUCGGAAAGAGGCUGAAAAGAUUUCCGCGUGGGAGACGUACUUCUCAGUCUACGGGAAAGGCAGAUCUAUGCACAUUGUUGACGAGCUAGAAGAGCUCGUACUUAAGGGUCUACCCGCUAAGUUGAGAGGUCAUCUGUGGUUACUUCUUAGCGGAGCGCAAAACGAUCUGUGUGCGAAUCCGGGCUAUUAUGAGAAUUUAGUACAUCAAACAUCAGGUCGAUCCAACUCCGUUCUAUUGGAAAUUGAACGAGAUCUGCAUCGCUCCCUUCCAGAGCAUCCUGCUUACCACACACCUGAAGGAAUUGCAGCUCUUAGGCGAGUGCUCACUGCAUAUGCCUUUCGCAAUCCUAAUGUUGGUUAUUGUCAAGCGAUGAACAUGGUGACAGGCAUCCUCCUACUCUACUGCAGUGAAGAAGAAGCCUUCUGGUUGUUGUCAGCAGUUUGUGAGCGCCUGCUGCCAGAUUACUAUGAUAGUCAAGUGGUAGGAGUGCGUGUUGACCAGGCAGUCUUGUGUCAACUGGUUGCAAAUCACCUUCCGACACUCUUCUCCCGUUCCACUUCUAUUCCUUCUAUGGAAUCUGCUGCUGGUCCCCCGCAAUCAUCAUCUGUUGGGUCUCCAGAAUCUUCCACACUUGAGGGCUUUGUCAGCUUACUGUUUCGACGGAGUGGUCCGAAGGUCGGUGGUAGUGAUCCUAAUGUAGGCAAUACAGGUGUGGAGUUGGUUAAUCUUGUCACUCUCUCAUGGUUCCUUACUCUAUUUCUCAAUACUAUGCCUCUUCGUUGUGCUGUCUUCGUUAUUGAUUACUUCUUCUUUGGAGGAGCAAAGGUAGGCUGUGACUGCACUUGUGAAACUUGA